UCCAGCCAUACUUCCCUCAUCCAUCACGUGAAAAAUACACCAUGACUUCUUCUUCCACUUCACAUUUCUCUCUUUCUUGUUUCUCUCCUUCCAAUCUCCAUUUCUCUUCACAAACAAAACCACCUAAACCGGUUAAACAGCGGGUCAUCACCGGCACUAUAUCGGAAAAGCCACCGAUCUCCCCGCCAGAAAAACCCUCCAAACAUCCGAUCAGAAACAUUCCCGGCGACUACGGUCUUCCCCUGAUCGGUGCCUGGAAAGACAGGCAAGACUACUUCUACAACCAAGGCACCGAUGAAUUCUUCAAAUCAAGAAUCCAAAAAUACCAAUCCACCGUCUUCCGCACCAACAUGCCCCCGGGCCCCUUCAUCUCCUCCAACCCCAACGUCGUCGCCCUGCUCGACGGCAAGAGCUUCCCGGCCCUCUUCGACACCGAUAAGGUAGAAAAAAGGGACGUCUUCACCGGCACUUUCAUGCCCUCCACCGACCUCACCGGCGGCUACCGCAUCCUCUCGUACCUCGACCCCUCUGAGCCCAACCACGCCAAGCUCAAGAAGCUCGUCUUCUUCUUGCUCUCCUACCGCCGCGACCAUGUCCUCCCGGAGUUCCACGCCAGCUACACUGAUAUGUUCGAGGCCUUGGAGGCCGAGAUCGCUGCGAACGGGAAAGCCAGCGUAAGCGGCCCCAACGACGCCGCCGCUUUCAAUUUCUUAGCCCGAGCAUUCUACGGAGUCAACCCGAAUGAUACCAAGCUGGGACCCGACGGCCCGACUAUAAUCGCAUUAUGGGUGUUGUUCCAACUCCACCCUAUUAUCAGUCUCGGCCUCCCUCGUCUAAUUGAAGAUCCCCUCCUGCACACGUUCAGCUUGCCGUCAUUCCUUAUCAAGGCAGGCUAUAACCGUUUGUACGACUUCUUUUUCGAGAACUCGGCUCAGAUCCUCGACCACGCGGAGAACACCCUCGGCCUGGCCCGGGACGAGGCCUGCCACAACCUCCUCUUCGCCACGUGCUUCAACACCUUCGGCGGGAUGAAGAUCUUCUUCCCCAGCUUGCUCAAGUUGGUCGGCGGCGCGGGGCCCAAGCUCCAUCUCGACCUCGCUAGAGAGAUCCGUGCCGGCGGCGUCGGGAUGGCGGCAAUGGAGAGAAUGCCUUUAAUGAAGUCGGUGGUGUACGAGGCGCUGCGGAUAGAGCCACCGGUGCCGGCGCAGUACGCCAAGGCGAAGAAAGACUUUGUGGUGGAGUCGCACGACGCGGCGUUCGCGAUCAAGGAAGGGGAGAUGCUGUAUGGGUACCAGCCGCUGGCGACGAAGGAUCCGAAGAUAUUCGACCGGGCGGAGGAGUUUAUACCGGACCGGUUCGUCGGGGAGGAAGGGGAGAAGCUACUGAAGCACGUCCUCUGGUCUAAUGGGCCGGAAACUGAGAGCCCAAGUGUUGAGAACAAGCAGUGCGCAGGGAAGGAGUUUGUGGUGCUCAUAGGAAGGCUGUUAUUGGUGGAACUCUUCCUCCGGUAUGACUCGUUUGAAAUUGAUGGCACCACCGAUGUAGUAACUUCUCUGAAACGGGCCAGUUUUUAGAUUCUUUGUUUUUAUUUAGAGUCAUACUAUUCAAUGAAUAUUAUGUUCAUUUACUUGAUAAA